AUGGAUGCAGCGGAAGGGAGACACUGCACUGCCACCUGCGCUCAAGAGAAGAAGGUCAUCCGCGUCAAGUACGACCAGACCGUCGGCGAGGAGAUUUCCGGUUUCACCUUCAACGAGGCUUGUCCCUUGUCAUCCUUCAGCAUCGCUGGAUUCACGACGCCGGGAGGGCCCGCGCAGCUGAAGGGCGUCUUCACCGGAUGGUUCGUAGAUGUGAUCCACCUGAUCAAGAGCCUUGGCUGUGGACACCGGACGGCGCCGCUACAAGAGGCUAUAGGAACCUCCAUUCCUGCGAUCGCGGAGAACAUCGAAGGUUUUAAGAAGCGCUUGGAGGCGUUGAGAGAUGUGAAGAACAUAACUCUGGUCUUCUACAAUGGCUUGGACUUCCAGCUGCUUCCCAGCUGCGCUGUGAGCUACAAGGCGAAGCGCGUCUCGGAUGAGAUCUUGGCCCUUGCCAGCAGUGGGGGCGUUCUCUCCAUCGCCGACAUGACGGAGAAGGGCCCCGCGCGCGACGCUGGCGUCCGGACGGGCUGGCACGUGAGCCUGCACGAGCCGCUGGGGCCGGUGAGUGGCGGGUGCGGACGGCGCGUGGAGGGAGGAAGUGGAAGUGGGAGCAAUUAA